GCUUUUGACUUGUCAAGGUCAUUCGACAUGUGGCCAUCUGUCGUUGCAUUGCUUGUUGUCAUUGCAGCUGCUGCAUUUAAAUCCCUUUUUUUCUUUUCCUAGUAAGAAUACAUUUCAUGCAUAAUAUGUAGCCAUUCAACUGACUUCGAAGUACAUCGAAACUGGAUUGCAAUCACCUGUUCACUUCCAAUUUCGAAGUGGUACUAUGACGAGACAUCUAAAUGGACGCUGGACUACCCGCCAUUCUUUGCAUUUUUUGAGUGGUUAUUAUCACUCCUAGCAAUUCGAAUCGAUCCAGAUAUCUGUCGCGUUACUGCACAUCCUUAUGUAUCGAACACAGUUAUUAUUUUCCAACGAAUGAGUGUUCUUAUCACAGAACUUCUUCUGUUUGCUGCCGUCUUCAGAAUGUAUCGUUCGCUAAAGGCAUCAGGUUGCUUGUUCCUGAAGCAAAGUCACUUUCCUCUAUGGCUGCUUUUCGCCUUCAAUUUCGGCUUGUUUAUUGUUGACCAUAUACAUUUCCAAUAUAAUGGGUUCAUGUUUGGUAUAUUAUUGCUAUCUAUGGCAUACAUGAUUGAAGAAAAUUACCUGGUCGCAUCACUUCUGUUCACUAUAUUAUUAAAUUUUAAACAUAUUUUCAUGUAUACAGCUCCAGCAUAUUUUGUUCAUAUUUUAAUGAACUAUUGUUUAGGGAGACGUGAAUUUUCAAGCAUGAUCAAUCGUUUUAUCAAAGUUGGCAGCAUUGUUUUAAUUGUGAUGGCUUCAUCAUUCGGCUACUUCAUUUAUACGGAUCAAAUGAAACAAGUAUUAAGUCGUCUUUUCCCGUUUACACGGGGUCUAUGCCAUGCUUAUUGGGCACCUAAUUUUUGGUCCUUGUAUAAUUUUAUGGAUAAAGUGUUAGAUGUUCUUGAUGAUCAUUUCCUUCAUAAAUGGCCUCAAAAAGUCACCUCUGUAGCAAGUAUGACUGGUGGUCUUGUAGAAAAUGUGAAACAUGUGAUACUGCCGAAUAUUUUACCCUCGCAUACAGCUUUAUUAAGCUUGUUAUUUAUGAUGCCCAGUUUAUGCGUAUCAGUCAGAAGAAGUCGUUUCUUUUAUUAUCCAACCGGUGUUAUUACGCAUACCUUUUUGAAAUCUGUCAUUCUAACCACCUGGUCAUGUUUUAUGUUCGGUUGGCAUGUUCAUGAAAAGGCAGUUUUGAUGUUUUUAUUACCAUUGAAUUUGUUCACAUUAACAACUGGAGAGCAUCGAUUUCUUACAUUCUAUGUAAGCACUCUUGGCUAUUAUAGUCUUAUACCAUUGAUUCCUACAAAUGCUGAAUUACCUGCUGUCGUAUCCACCUACCUUGCGCAUACAUGUAUUCACUGGCUUAUCCUAUUUCGUGUUCUACCGGCGAACCAUAAUACCACCACUACCAGUACCAAUGAAAAAGAUAAAAAUAAAUCAAUAAAACCGGUAAAACAAUCAAAAUUGUCACAAAUGAUUCAAUUUCUUGGCUGUUUACAUUUAUGGGGACUUGUGCUCCUCUUUCUGUUGACAAAAAUCCUUUUACCUAUCACCUCUCUUGGCCAGCGUCUACCCUAUUUACCAUUGAUGUUGACUUCGGUGUAUACAGCGUUCGGAUUGUUCUGCGCAUUUUUUAUUUUCAUGUGGCCAACUACGACGUCAACAGCAACCGCCACCACCACCACAACUAAAGAAGGUUGGGGACCAAGGAAACUAUGGGAUCGUUUGUUUGCACGUGCCUACUUAAUUGAUGAUUUAGUAGUAUCAAAGUAUUCUGCACCAAUAUUUCGUUUACGUAUGAAUCGUUUACGUGAUAAUUUGCCGGUACCAACAGAAGUGAAUUAUUUUUGUUUAAGUCAAAGUGAAGUACAAUAUUUUAUGAUUUCUACUCAGUCAACUGUCAGCGUAGACCAGACUGGAUUUUUCAAUCAUAAUUGUACCUAUAAUGAGAUCACCAAAGUUACGACGUGUAUUCCAUUGAAAACCGUCAGUACAACAACAACAACCAGUUUAACACCAAGUAUUUGUAAUUGGCAUAACAGUUUCACUUUUCCACCGGAUGUCACCUAUUCAAAUAAUAUAUGUAGUAAUGUUGUAUUAAAAGUAGAUUAUAAAUUUGUUUAUUCUAACGGGAGCAUAGUAAAAGCGAUAGGUCAAGCGUAUUUAGCUAACCUACCUGUAACAACAUCAGAAGUUACUUAUUAUCAAGAAUAUUCUGUUAAAUUUAUACAUACUACUGAAGUAGACAAUGAAGUUAGUACAAAAUUACCAUCACAUCUGUAUGGCUAUGAAAUGAACGAUCUCUUGGUUGUUGGCAAAGUGACAUCUUCAGCUACACAGCGUUUUCUUGUUCAAACUGACAACGAGACUAAUAUUCUGUCUGGUACAGUAAAAGCAGGCGUCGAUAUGCUUUGUGAUAAUGCAGUGAAAGAUCAGUUUAAAUUUGGGAUUAAUGUAGCCAGUUCCUGUCGUGUUCUACUUGGUUUGAAUGAUUUUGCAAAUUGUGAGAAAUUAAGAAGUUUGAUACUCGCCAGAUUGAAUCAAUUCAUACCAAGUGAAGUGAUUGCAGUUUAUCCACAAGCAUUGAAUACUUUACCAGAAGACUGGGUUUUUAUUCAAAGGAAGGAUCCACCUAUACAAACAUCGAAUAAAAUGCAAAAUUCCUCUCUAAUCGGUAUUUGUCCUAAUAUAUCUUCAACGAUAUACUUGAAGAUAAUUUAUGCCAUUCAAGGAGAACUACAAGGAAUACCGCUGAAACAGAUUAUUUCUGCUUCAAUCGAAUAUUCACAAGAAAAUUGGCAAUUAAUGUGUGAUACAUCUAAUUAUCCAUCCUUGUGUAGAAGUUCAAAUAUUUCACCGAGUACACAAAAUUUUUAUUUAACUACCGUAAUUAUGUUCUCUGACAUAUCUUCACCAAGUGAUGAAGUGCUAAAUUCCACAAGAAAUUGUGAUUUAGAUACAUGUUGGAAUGAUGCAUUCUAUGCUUGGACUGGACUGCAUAAAUUAUAUCAACAAACUGGUAAAAUUGAGCAGACUUUUGAAAUUGGCGUUACAUUAGGUAUAUCAAGUCUUGUUUUAAUUAUAUUCUUUAUUACAAGACCAUUCUUUUGA